CCUCUCUCUCUCCUCCUCCAGAUGCCAGUAUGUCCCCGGACGUCUCCAAGCAGAGCCAGUGGUGUCACAUGGCCUACUGGGAACACCGUGAGCGCGUGGGCCGUCUCUACCCGGUCUACCACACCUCCGUAUCUGUCUUCUAUGACCUACCUCAGGGAUCCGGCUUCUGUCUGAGCCAGCUCAGCCUCCACAAUAACCAUCAACCCUGUUCCACAGACCACCCCCGCUCCAGUACCGUCCAGCGCACACGCGCCAAGAUCGGUUACGGUAUCCUCCUCAGUAAGGAACCGGACGGGGUGUGGGCCUAUAACCGGAGUCAACACCCCAUCUUUGUGAAUUCCCCCACCCUGGAUGUUCCUGGGUGCAGGAGUCUGGUUGUGAGAAAGGUGAUGUCAGGAUAUUCUAUCAGGGUGUUUGACUGGGAGAAAUCUGGCAUGUUGAGGAGCUUGCAGCACGCAGACCCUAUAGAGCUGCUAGAGGGGCCCUAUGAUCCUAACAGUGUGAGGAUUAGCUUCGCUAAGGGAUGGGGCCCCUGCUAUUCCAGACAGUUUAUUACAUCAUGCCCCUGCUGGCUGGAGAUACUGCUCAACACACACACAUAAUACAGAGAGAGAGAGAGAGAGAGAUGGAAUGAGAGAUAGAAUAAGAGCGAGAGAGA